AUGGAUCGGAACAUAUUCUUGGACUGGUUCGAGAAUAUUUUCGUCAAGGAGAUCCGAGCGCAUCAUCCGCCGCAUCAGAAAAUUCUUCUCCUGUUGGACAAUGUACCGUCGCACCCCGGAGCAGCUGAAUUGAAUUGCAUCGCCGAGAACGUUGAAGUGAUGUUCCUGCCGCCGAACGUCACCGCUUUGAUUAAGCCAAUGGAUCAGGGCGUCAUUGAAAAAAUGAAAAAAAUGUUCCGGAAAAAUUUAGUCAAAGCGCUAGUCCUAGAAGAAGCAACAUCGGGAGCAAGCGUCAUCGAUUUGGCAAUGAAGCAGACGGUGAAGUACUGCUGCUACCGAAUUUCUAGUUCGUGGGAUGUUAUCAACGCCAGAGAUCUCCACAACGCAUGGAACAGAAUUUUGGGCAAGGACGAUUCUCCCUACGAAAAAAGAGCAUCGGCUGAAGAAGUUAACUUGUUGUUACAACUUCUUAAGGAUAGCCCAGCCUUCGUCGACUGCUCAUUCGAGAUGGUCCAAGCAUGGAUCGAGGAAUAUUACACUGAUAAUGGCUGGCAAAAUUUGAACAUCCAAGAAAUUUUUGAAAGAAUCACGUCUAAUAAUCCGGAGAAGUUCGCUGAAGAAGACGAGGAGCCGAUCGCACAAGUCGAAAAUAUAGAACCAGAGAAAGAAGUUUCCGUUGGAGAGGCCUACGAUGCGGCUCUGAAGCUUCGAACAUUCUUAGAGCGAACGUGGGAUUCGACGAGCGCGCAGAUAAGCAAUGUGCAAGAAGUCGCCGAUUUAAUACUAAAUAUAUACAAACCAAUUUUCAAAUGGUUUCAGCUGGCAAAGUAUUGUGACUCGCUACUAAAAAAAUCAGCAAAAAUAGCAUCUGAAAGUGAAGUGGAAGAUAAAUUAGCUCGUUCAAUAAUAGUAUUCAAGUAUGUUGAUGAUAAAGACGUUUUUCAAAAAUUUUAUGCACGUAUGCUUGCCAAAAGACUUAUUCACCAACAAUCUCAGUCUAUGGAUGCAGAAGAAGCAAUGAUUGAUCGAUUGAAGCAAGCCUGUGGUUAUGAAUUCACGAACAAAUUGCAUAGAAUGUUCACGGAUAUGUCGGUAUCAGCAGAUCUGAAUACUAAAUUCAGUGCAAGUUUACGAGGUUUACCUCCCUCACCAGGACCGUUUCAUGUUCCUCAACAGCUUGAAAAAUCAAUACAAGCUUUUGAAUGUUUCUAUCACGCACAAUUUAGCGGCAGAAAACUUACAUGGCUUCACCACUUGUGCCAAGGAGAAUUAAAAUUGAAUUAUUUGAAAAAAUCUUAUUUGGUGACAGUACAGACAUAUCAAAUGGCAUUAUUACUUUUAUUUGAACAUUGUAACUCAAUAUCAUGUAAAGAAGCAGCUGUCUCUCUACGAUUAUCUCGUGACCAAUUAAUUAAGCAUGCCAUCAGUCUUGUUGAUAGUAAAAUUUUGAAAAAAUCUACUGAAGGAGUCUUAGAAGAUAAUACCGUUCUCAUACUAAAUUUUGAAUACUAUAAUAAAAGAACGAAAUUCCGUAUAACGGGUGCUGUUCAGCGUGAUGCACCUCAUGAUACGGAAGCUACGCAUCGUAGCGUUGAUGAUGAUCGCAAAUUAUACUUGCAAGCUGCUAUUGUGAGAAUUAUGAAAAGUCGUAAAGUUUUACGCCAUAAUCAGCUAGUACAAGAAGUUCUUGGACAAUCUAAAGUGACGUUUGCUCCAUCUAUUGGUAUGAUAAAAAAAUGUAUUGAAAACCUCAUCGAUAAACAAUAUAUUGAACGUACAUCUAACACUGCAGACGAGUAUUCUUAUGUUGCGUAGCUCUAACUUAAAAGCAUCAAUUUAUGAAAUUCUUAAAAAAAUGUGCUUACGUAUGAAGAGUCGACAGAGAUAUCAAAUCCACAGCAAUAUUUGCUACAUUUAAAAUAUUAAUAAUUUUGAAAUAUGUUUUACAUGAAAAUAAUUAAUUUAUAUUAAAAUUAUUAUACACGAAAAUUAUUCUAGAAAUCUAUUACGUAUAUCAAAACAUCUUUUCAUAUUGUAUUAGAUACAUUAUAACUUGUUGCACUUCUAGGAGUCUUUUACAAGCGGUUUCCAAUCUUAAUAAGAUCUUUUAUUAAGUAGAAAGUGGAAUAUUAUCAUAAUUUUUCUUUUAACGAGAUGAACAAUUAAUAAAAAGGAUGUUCUGUUAUAUCUUCAAUAAGGCAAUAGUCUUCCUUAAGGAAUUCAGUUAAUAUUGCUUUUUUAGCUGUCUUAAUUGUCAUAUUUUUGGAUAGUAGAGUAUUUGGAAAUAUAUUAAAUUGUUCAAAAUAUGAAAGAUAAUUACAAUAUAUGAA